CACCGCAUGCCUGGGCCACCACCAGCCAAGAUAGCUGGGCCUCCCAGUGUCGUAGGACUGGAAGGCAUGCCGGAUCCUGCGCCACGUGCACGCGGUCCGAAACUGAAGUUCACGCCUGAGAACGACCAGUUGCUCGUGGAUCUUAAGGAGAAGAAGAUCUUAACAUGGAAGCAAAUUGCAGACUUCUUUCCAGGGCGCAGUAGCGGCACGUUACAAGUACGGUACUGCACGAAGCUGAAGGCGAAGACCACAGUUUGGAACGACGAAUUGCAGGUGCAGAAACUUCGGACGGCAAUGUCGGAGUACGAAAACGACACGUGGAGAAUAAUCGCGACCAAGGUUGGGAACGGUUUCUCCCCAGCCUCAUGCAAAGACAAGGCCUCGAAGCUCUUGGAGCUAGAAGGCUUGGAUGAACCGCAAGCAGACGACGAGGAGGACCAAGCAGAAGAGCAGGACGAACCAGAAGAAUACGGAGCCAUCGAAAUACGAACAUGAAUGCAGAAACGUCAUGCACAGACAAAUCACACCAGGAGCCCGAGAAGCACCUGUUGCGCCCGACCCUGGUUAUUGCUGGCCAGAACCCCUAACACACACUCAUAUCCCCAACGUCAAACUACCUAAACUGUCAUUUCCCUUUUGACGUCAACUUGUGAUUAUUUGCUCUUCCUUGUCGCUGAACCCGCGGAAAGGACUUGAACGUUCUCGCCACGCAUAAGGAACAGGGAUAGGCCGCAGACAUGUAGACAGUUGUGCGCAGCAGCUGGUAGCUUCGGACGAACUCAAUCGCCUAUUGAUUUCGAUGCCGCAGCAUCUUUCAGGGCGAUAUUGUUGUUCGCAGGAUCGUUCGUGUCUCACAACGACAGCACACAUAAAUACACUGCACUGGUUGUGGUCCGGCCUAUUUUUCUUCCUAGUACUAAAAACAGC